AUGAUGAGAGUGGUUAAAUACGAUCCCAAUUGCCCCGGCAAAGGCAGGUCGAGAUCUUCCCUAGGAAUGCAGAAUAAAUGCAAGAUGCGUAAGAGAUCUGAUAAUCAGUUGAAGUCCAUUGAAAACAACAAGAACAUAUCCCCAAUAAUGUUCCACCACGUUAGAGUCGAUGAAAUGAGUAAUAAUGCGAGACUAGAUCAAAUUUCACAGGAUGCGGAAGCUCGUGGUGGUGAUGGUAGGAAAAAUCAACAGAGUCCUUUAGUUAUCAAGACUGAUCCUAGAUACAAUAAUUCACAGUUGGAGAUCUCUAUGAGUAAUAAGAAACUGAAUGAUUAUGCUGGGAACAAAAGUAAGAAAUUGACAUUUUUACCCUCGAUAUCUAAUCGAUCACCAACACCAACUGCAACACCAACAAGUCAGAGGCAUAUGGAAUCGGAUAAGUUUUCAAAUUUGGGCGUAAUGAAUUUUAAAGAACCUCAAGGGUUCAAUAAUUAUCGGAAUGGGCUAUUUGAGCUACCAAGUUCUUUAGACAAAGAAUUUGCAGAUGAGCGUUCUCACAGCGGGUCUGAAAUGGGAACCUCUAAUAAAUUUGCAAAUAAUGAUUGCCUUACCGGACUGCCUGUAUUCGGCAGAAAAUUCAGCUCCGAUGUAAGGUUAAAACUUAACAAGAAUAAUGCGCAAUUACAAACUAUACAGGGUUAUUCAACGUGCACUUUUAGGGUCAAAAUGAAUGGUAAGAAUAGGACCGAACACAAGGAUUACGAAUAA